AUGUCGAGUGCGGGGCCUGUCAAGAGAUCUACCAACAUCAAGAGACCAGAUGUUGGUGCCAGAGACAAAAAACUGGACGUUUUGAAGGCUCAAUUGAAGAAAAUUGACACCGAAGUUCAAGCGAUCAGAAAACAGAUCGACCAGCAACAAGCCGGCGUAAGCGGGACGGACGAGAGACAGGGGCUUCAGGACGAACUGCGCAGCAUCAUCAAGACGCAAAGCGAGCUCAAGUCGCGCAGACAGGCGAUACACGACCAGAUCAAGAGCUUGGACAACGAAAUGAAGCGCAAGAAGGCGCAGAUCGCCGCCAGAACUGGCAGCAAAACGCAAUACCAGUCUUCCGAGGAUAUUGCCGCCCGUAAGCGCACUAUCGACGCGGAGAUCUCGUCCGGAGAGCUCUCCUUGGUCGAAGAAAAACUCAUGGUCAAGGAACUGCAGUCUCUAAACAAGCUGCAGCGUGAUUUGCAAGCCAUUGAGCCCGUUCGUAAGUCUAUGGACCAAGAUAGAGCCUUGAUUGCGACUUUGAAGCAAGAAUUGAACGAGUUGAAUCCAAAGGAGGUUUCCAACAAGUUUGAGGCCACUCAGCAGAGACUCAACGAGAUUCAGUCCAAGAACCAAACUGUCUACGACAAGCGUCAAGUCCUAUUCACCAAGCGUUCUGCUCUUUACAAAAAGCGUGACGAGGUCUACUCGCAGAUCACCCAGAUUCGCUCGGACUUUGACAACGAAUUCAAGGCCUUCAAGCUAAAGCUGGACAAAGAGCGUUUGAAACGUGAAGAAGACCAAAAGCUGUCCAAGCUUCUAGAAGAAAAGGACGCGGCCGCUGGCAAGCUGCAGGAAAAGCUAUUGCACGCCCGUCAACCAGCCUUUACUUAUGAGAUCGGUGCGAUCGAAAACGUCUUGUGCGUCUUGGAUCCUACCUAUGUCAAGCCUGUCAAGCACGCUCUUGAAGUUCCAGCAGAUUCCUCUGCCCAAGCCCCACAAUCCGCCAGAAAAGUCGAAUCCGAUGAUCUGGAACCAAUUGUCAAGGAAAAGGAGGAUAACUUUUUCAGCGGUGGCGGCAGUAAGUCCAAGAAGAACAAGAAGAAGCAGACUUCUUCUGGCGCUUCUUCUUCCGGCAAAUUCUCUUUGGAGCCAACCAUGAUUGCGACUUUGGCCGAAUUGGAUGUCACGGUGCCAUUGACCAAGGAAGAAGUUCCAAAGGCUAUCGAGCAGCUCAAGGUUAAGCACGAGGACUUUUCUUCCAGACAAGACGCUCAGACUGAGAAAAACAUCAGCGAAGCCGAGGCCAAGUUGGAGCAGCUAAAUCUGGACUAUGAAAAGAAAGAAGCAGCCGUCAAAGCCGAGCUCGAACAGAAGAGAGCCAAAGAGCAAGAGGAAUCCAAGGAGGACGACGAAUAA